UGAACCGGGCUGCCGGGAGUCGUCGGCGUGCGCAGCCGACCUGCCCACCCUCUUCAGGGCAUGCCCCGGUGUUUGGGGGCAGCCCCGGGCCCCGUAAAGUCCUUCCGUCUUUUUACCAGCCUUUUUAUUGGGAGCCCGCGGGCCCGGGGCCGGGCCAGCACUAGUUUGGGGUUAGACGGAGAGGGCUUACGCCGGAACUUCUCUUGGAGCCCAGAGGACUGUUUUAGAGGCUUCCGGCGUUAAAUAAUGGUGUCGGUGGUAGUUAAAAAACAAAGAGCCCACGACUUUAUAAACGGCCAGCAGCUCCUACCCUCCCUCUUCCUCCACCCGGGUCAACGAAAUGGUGUAGUCUCUCUUUAAGAUCAAAAUGGUGGCUUGCUAGGAUGAGGACUCCACUUCCGGUGGGGAGGGGGCGGGACCCCAGCCCGCUCACGCCGGAAGUGGUUCGGGUUCUCAAGAUGGCGACUCCCUAUGUAACUGACGAGACCGGCGCUACACCUCAGGAUUACUACAACCUGGACCUCAUCUGUGACACUACUUUCCUUUCAGGCAAGUACAUUGCCUCCACACAGAGGCCCGACGGGACCUGGCGCAAGCAGCGGAGGGUCAAAGAAGGAUACGUGCCGCAGGAGGAGGUUCCAGUCUAUGAAAACAAGUAUGUCAAGUUUUUCAAGAGUAAACCGGAGCUUCCCCCGGGGCUGAGCCCUGAGGCCACUGCACCGGCGGGGCCGUGCAGACCCGAAGGCGGCGGCGGCGGCGAAGCCGGCCUCUCCAGGACGGCCAAGCGCAACCUGAAGCGCAAGGAGAAGAGGCGGCAGCAGCAGCAGCAGGAGGAGGCGGAGGCCUUGAGCAGGACUCUGGAGAAGGCGUCUCUGGGAGACGCGGCCCAAACGCCCAGCGCCCUCCAAGGCUGUCAGGCCGCCCCUCCUGCCGCCUCGGAUGCCGCCGAGCCCGCGGCCACCACCGAGAAAGCCAAGAAGAUCAAGAACCUGAGGAAGAAGCUGCGGCAGGUGGAGGAGCUGCAGCAGCGCAUCCAGGCCGGCGAGGUCAGCCAGCCCAGCAGAGAGCAGCUGGAGAAGCUGGCCCGGCGGAGGGCCCUGGAAGAGGAGCUGGAGGACUUGGAGCUGGGUCUGUGAGGCCUCGGGAGCCGGGAACGGACUGCACACAGACCAUGGGGUGCUCUGGGGCCCGGGGGUGUGGGCCGCAGCAGCCAGGAGGGGCACCCCGUACUGGCUCCCUGGCACCUGUGGCCCAGCCCCGUCCUCCAGGGCCCUGGGCUCUCCUCCGUUCCGUCCCUUCUCAGCUCCUGUUUUUGGACUUCCCUCCCAUUCCCAGUGUUGAGACUCUCAGUGACCACCCCAGGUACCUCUGCUGCUGAUCUGGGGUCUUGUUGGAAGAAAACCGGGGGUGGGAGUCUGAGAGCUGGGGUCGAGGGUACAGGAGUACCCCAAGUCUUGGAGUCUCUGUUCCUGUUCCACAGUGUUUGAGUUACUUCCCUGGCCGCCCUAAACCUCUUUUUUUUUUUAAAGAAAGUAAGAAUAAAUUCGAGUAGACAACA